AUGAGUGCAUAUGGUGGUACGCCUCAGGUGGAUCUCAAAUACCUUUUUAGGAUUAUCUUAAGCGAUACAGUCACUUGUGUAAUGGAGCUUUGUUCUUGGCUUUACCGAACAACUUUAAUCUUCCUUGUCUGUCUUCUCCUCCGUCCCAUUUGCUAUCUUCAGAUACUUUUCCUACAGGAAUUUUCUAAGCUUUUUCAGAUUGACUCAGAUGUUGGUUCCAUCUUGGUUGAACAUCUUCGUAUCAAACGUCAUCUCAGAAUCAUCAGCCAUAGAUAUCGUUCUUUCAUUCUAUGUUUGUUGGUUCUUGUUACUAGAAGCCAGUUCUCCUCUCUGCUUAUUACUACCAAAGCUUACACUGAAGUCAAUUUCUACAGAGCUGGAGAACUCGCAGUAAUAAUAAAGCUUCCUUCACUAUAA